AUGUAAAAAAUCUUAUCUUUGCUUACAACCGCAUUAUUAUUGAGUGGUUUAGCCUUUUACUCAUAAAAUGAGGAAUCUCACUCAUUUAAAACUUGGUAGAAGAAAUAUAACAAGUUCUAUUCUUCAAGCGAAGAAGCAUAUCGAUAGAUAAUAUUCAAUCAAAAUGUUGAAUUAAUCAAUAAACAUAACUCAAAUCCCAACAAAAGCUAUAGUAUGGCAAUCAAUUAAUUUGUUGAUUUAACUAGGGAAGAAUUCUAAGCUAUAUAUUUGGGAAAAUCAACUAUUGUUAAAACUGAAAAUAUUGAAUUAAGCGCUAGAAAAAACUUCGAAGCAGUUGAUUGGUCUAGCAAAUUGUUUCCAAUCAAAGAUUAAUUUAAUUGUGGAUCAUAUUGGAUAUUCUCGGCUGUCGGUGCAGUUGAGGCUUUCUUGAGAGUAAAAAAAGUCUUAAAAUGGUCAUUGUCUGAAUAAUAACUUGUGGAUUGUGCCGAUUCUUGGGGAUGCUAUGGAGGUGAUGCAGAUUUUGCAUUAGAUUAUAUUGUUAAUACUGGUAUUGUUUACGAAUUGGAUUAUCCAUAUAAAGGAAGAGAAGGAUUUUGCAAAGUUAGAAGAGAAGGUGAGGUUAAAAUUUCAGGAAGAGAAAGAAUUGGUUCAAAUGAAGAUGAUAUAAAAUAGAAAGUCUAAGAAUAUCCAGUAUCUGCGAGUGUUGAUUGCUAAGGUUGGGCUUACUAUAGUAAAGGAAUAUUUGAUGAAGGAUGUACUGAUCAUAGAAGUAAUCAUGAUGUUGUGAUUGUUGGAUUUGACAAAGACGGAAACUGGAAGAUAAGAAAUUCAUGGGGAGUAGGUUGGGGAGAGCAAGGUUACAUGUGGUUGAAAUCAGGUAAUACUUGUGGAAUAAUGAACAGAGUCGACAGAGCCAUUUGA